UGGGGUCCGCACUCCGCAGUCCGCACCGGAUGUCCAUCGAGGACUCCCCUCCCUGUCUCCCCACGCCUAUAAACCCCCACCCCCUGACGCAGAGCGGAGGCCACAGGCGCGCCGUGCACAUCGCCCUGACAGUCAUCCCCUUUCUCGCUACCGAAGCCAUGGUGAAGGAGGCGCCCACCACUCCGAGCGCCAAGGGCAAGGGCGCCGCGUCCGCGUCCGCGUCCGCCUCCGCCUCCGCGAAGACGCCGCCGUCCAAGGCCACCCCCGGAUCGGUCAGGCGCAAGAGGGCGUGUAAGAAGAAGAAGGCCGAUCCGGAGAAGCAGAAGGCGGCCGCCGCCGCUGCAGUCGCGGCCUCCGCCGACGCGCCUGCUUCGGGGCCCACGCCGGUGGUUCCCGCCCCGGCCGACGUCGGCACUUCGGCCGCCCUUGUGGUCGCCGAGAACGGCGGCGCCGACGGGAAGAUGGUCGCCAAGGCCAACGGUGAUGGCGAUAAGUCCGUCGCCAAGGACAACGGUGGUGGCAGUAAGUCCGUCGCCGAGAACAAGGGUGAUGGCACUAAGUCCGUCGCCAAGGACAAGGGUGAUGGCAGUAAGUCCGUCGCCGAGAACAAGGGUGAUGGCAGUAAGUCUGUCGCCGAGAACAAGGGUGAUGGCAGUAAGUCUGUCGCCGAGAGCAAGGGUGAUGGCAUUAAGAUGGGCACUGGGAACAGCAGUGCUGACAGGAAGAUGGGCACUGGGAACAGCAGUGCUGACAGGAAGAGGGGUAGGAAGGAUAAGAUGAGGGGGAGGGAGAAGGGGGAAGGACAGGGGAGGGUGAACCCGAAGGGGGAGGAGAAGGAGAAGAAGGACGACACAGCGGGGGAGGAGAGGGGCAGUGCUGGGUUUAUCUUCAUGUGCAAUGGAAAGACGAAGCCGGAGUGCUUCCAGAACAGCGUGUUUGGCUUGCCCAAGGCGAAGAUAGAUGUGGUGGAGAAGAUCCGACCAGGGGCGAAGCUGUUCCUGUAUGACUUUGACCUGAAGCUUCUCUAUGGGGUGUACAAGGCAACGGCAAGAGGAGGGAUGGAUCUUGUGCGACGUGCGUUCAACGGGAAAUUCCCUGCUCAGGUCAAAUUCAGGAUUGAUAAAGAUUGUCUUCCGCUUCCUGAGAGUAGUUUCAAGCAUGCCAUUAAGGAGAACUAUGAUUCAAAGGGAAAAUUCACCCAAGAGCUCAAUUCUAGACAAGUCCGUAAGCUACUGGCACUAUACAAGCCAAUUAACAUACAUCGGCCAUCUUCCCAACAUGUUCAAGAAGUUCCUCGGACAAACCGUGUUGAAAGGCUCCUGCCUCACUAUGUUGAAGAAAGGCGACAGCCAUAUGAUUAUGAAGAAAGGAGGCUGCCACGAUAUCAUGAAGAAAUGCAACACCCACAAUUUGCUGAGGAAAGGAGGUUAGCCUAUGAUUAUGAAGAAAGAAGGCCAUCACUCCAUGUUGAAGAAAUUCGACGCCCACAAUUUGUUGAAGAAGCUCAGCCACCUACAUACUAUCAUGUUGCUCCUGCUCCUCAUGGUUCAUACCAUCCACAUCAAGCUAAUAUCAUUUAUGAAAGGGCUCCAGCUGACGCCGCCAACAGGGUGGAUCCAUUCCUUCCAAGAGACUACAGGGUGCCGCCGCAGGAGGUCGCCGCGCACCCCAGCUACGCUGACGAGAUCUACCGUGGUGCUUACCCCGCCGCUCAGGACCUGUCCUACGCGGCCAGGCCUGCCGCUUACCCGGCAAACCUCCAGGGGCCUGCUGCUUCAAGGGUGCCGGUGUCCUCCCUCUACUCGUUCGCCGGCGCACCGGCGUACAGAUGAUCGCUGCAGCGCCUGCUCUGAAACCGGUCCUGACCAGCAUGAUUCGCUGGUUGGUGGUGUAGCUAGCGUCGUCUUCUGAUACAUACUGUAGUCGUUUGUUGGAUCCCUGACUUGGAUGUCGUUUGCCACAAGUGUGGUACCUGGAACGUGUCGUUUGCCACAAGUGGGGUACUGGAACGUGUCGUUGGCUGUUAAACAAGUGACUUUCCUGACAAGUGCUGCCGUGGUCUUGCAAGUGUGGUCUGUUUUGUUUGUUA